AUGGCAGUACUCCGCGCCCUAUGUGGCGUUCUCGCGUUAUGGGUGCUGUUAAAGGUCUUCGAGGAACGACGUCGACGCGCACGCACCACGACUCUUGCAGGUCCACCCAACCCGAGCUUAUUCUUCGGUACUAGCAAGGUGGUCAGCGACUUGGUGGACGCCGGAGAGCUGUACGAAGAAUGGUCGGAGAAGUAUGGCCCUGUCUACCGCGUGCCUGCUGUACUCGGGACGUCGAAAGUCGUGCUCUGCGAUCCGAAGGCCGUCUUGCAUUUCUUCUCGCGAGAAACGACUGGCUACGUGUAUACUGCCUUUUGGAAACACGCGACCGAGAACAUCUCUGGGCGUGGCGUUCUAUGGGCUGAGGGCGACAUACACAAGAGGCACCGAAAGGCGUUGUCUCCUGCCUUCAGCAAUGCGGCCAUCAGACGAUUGACUUCUGUAUUCUAUGAUUCAGCGUACAAACUCAAGACCGCAUGGGAUGGUAUCAUCGAUGCCGAGUCCGGUGAUAAAGCCGUAAUUGACGUCGAACGCUGGUACGUUUCCUCUCUACUGGACACCAUCGGUAUCGCGGGCUUUUCACACGACUUCGGAACGCUGCUGGGCAAGCCCUCAGCGGUCGCGAAUACAUUCAACGACUUCGCGAACCUGAAGCCGAGCCUCUUGGGAGGUGCCAUGCAAUUCGUCGUGGGCAUGGUGUUCCCAUGGGUCACCAAGUUGCCUACGGACUUCCGGAAGCUCAUCGAUAGACUCAAUGAAGGCAUGGGAGAGAUUGCCGAGGAGCUGUUGGAGAACUCGAGGAAGGAGAGCGAGGGCAAGAUCAAGACCGAAGACAAAUCUAUCAUUGGACUCCUGAUUAAAGCCGAGAAGACUGAUUCCGAGUUGCACAUGUCGGAGGAUGAGGUUCUGUCACAGAUGAAGGUUUUGAUCCUCGCAGGCUAUGAAACAACGUCUAUCAGCUUGUCGUGGUGCCUCCUCGAGCUCUGCAAGAAACCUGAAGUACAACAGAAGCUACGCGAAGAGCUCCUAGAGUUCGGCAACGAGGAUCCGACAUGGGAUCAGCUCACGCACGAGUUGCCAUAUCUCGACGCCGUUGUGCAUGAAACUCUGCGCCUCCAUCCCCCGCUGCCGGAGACCGAGCGAGUGGCGGCCGAAGACGAUAUUAUGCCACUGGCCUUUCCAAUGACGACUCCGACAGGAACAGUGGUCGACCGCAUUGCCAUCACGAAAGGUGAAGUCGUCCUUGUGCCUGCUCAUAUGAUGAACAGGUCGAUCGAUUAUUGGGGUCCGGACGCGAAGGCAUUCAAGCCUGAGCGUUGGAUAAACGAAGGCGGCAUCCCUCAGCGCGCACAGGGGAUUUCGGGGCACCGACACAUGCUCACGUUUUCGGACGGCGCGAGAUUUUGUCCCGGGCGGCACUUCGCCCUCGCCGAGUUCAAGGUGGUUCUGGCCGUCUUGAUUCGGAACUACGCGUUCGAAUUCAGGGAUGGCCCGGAAACUAAGACAGAGAUCAAGCGUGGUAUUCUGCCUCGACCGGGAAUUGCGGGGGAGGAGGGAAUCACGCUACCCUUGUGGGUCCGCCGGCUCACAUGA